ACUACAAGUGAUCUUUAUGACACAAUCAAUCAUCAGCCAACAAUUGAUCUCUAUGACACAAUAAAUCAUCAGACUACAACUGAUUUCUAUGACACAAUCAAACGUCAGGCUACAAUUGAUCUAUAUGACACAAUCAAUCAACAUGCUACAAUUAAUCUCUAUGACACAAUAAAUCAUCAGGCAACAAUUGAUGGCAAUGACACAAUCAUUCAUCAGGCUACAAUUGAUCUCCAUGACACAAUCAAUCAUCAGGCUACGAUUGAUCUCUAUGACACAAUAAAUCAUCAGGCAACAAUUAAUCUCUAUGACACAAUCAAUCACCAGGCAACAAAUGAUGGCAAUGACACAAUCAUUCA